GCGGCGACGGCGGCUCGCCCGUGGACAGUGCUCGCGCACCUCGCCAUGCGCACUCGCUCGCUACAUGGCGCGUCGCCUGGCGCUGCUUGCGCUGCUGGCGUGCGCGGUGGCCCUCGUGGUACACCGCCCGCAUUACUCCGCGGAAAACUCCGACUCGGAAUCCUUCGACCCCUUUGUCAUGUGGGACGAUUACGACUCUUAUGAAACCGUCCGCCCUCCGCGACUUAACAAAACUAGUGCCAAAGUGAUACUGAGGGGUAAAGUUCCCAAAGUGAACGUGACUGUGAAGACCGCCAAAGGUCAAAAUAAAAAGAACAUUAUUAAGUCCACCACUAUUAACAUUCAAAGUCACGCUAAUUUUAUUAUGACAAAAAAACCGGCUGUAGUUAGUGUAUCUGUGAAACAUCCUAUAAAGAAAGUACAACAGACCAUUGAAGUUGAUGAUGAAUAUACCUUUGAAGUUGAUGAUGAGUGGGUGGAGGAAAGUAGCGUGGUGCAAGUGGCGAAGCCAAUUCCUAAAAAGCCGAGUACCACUCGGCGACCAUCGACGACACGACGAAGGACUACGACUACCUCGACGACAACACGCCGACCAACUACCCGUCGUUCUACCACUCGUCGUCCAACAACGCCUAACAAAAAAUCGCAGAAUGAGAAAAUCGCCUGCUUACCAAAAAACCCCGGGUGGCUCUCUACAUAUUUUAAGGGUAAUAAACUAAAGGAUAACAAAAAAAACUCGAAGAAGCCAUCAAAAUCAGGUUGGUUCCUAGGCUUAGUAUCGAGAGUGUAUAAUUGGAUAUCGAAAUCUACAUGGUUCGGAGGGAGCUGGUUCAGAGAGACCAUACCAAAACCAGUGAAAACCACGACCACUGAAGCUCCGGAGCCAGUCACAGUGACUACGAGCUGGUUUCAGUCAUUGUUAGAGUCGGAAGAAAAUGAUGAUGGUGCCUACAUGGUCGAUGAUGCCAAAAAAAAAACUACAAAGAAGCCAUUGAAAAAGAACUACAAUGGUUAUCAGUUGCUGAGAGCAUACCCAGAUGUACAAUGGAAAGUUCAUGAGAUGCUGGACCUCCAGGAAGAAGGUCAAGGUUCGGGGUUGAUGUGGUGGACACCACCUUCACUCAAUAGUUCGACUGAUAUUCUUGUACCUCCCGACCUUUUGGCUGACGUUAAGGACUUUUUAAAGUCCUCCAAGAUAGAUUUUGAUGUUGUUAUAUGGGAUUUACAGAAAGCAAUAACGUAUGAAAAUCCAAGACUAUCAAAGAAGCAGCGACUCGAAUUAGAGCAAAUUCGCGGUCAUCCACUGACGUGGCGACGGUAUCACCGGUACGCGGAUAUCCUUCGCUAUCUGGAAUACUUGCAGCAUUCUCAUGCUGAUAUUGUAGAGCUUAUACCGUUGGGACGAUCGUCUGAGGGCCUGCCCUUGGUUGCUGUUAAGAUAUCAUUACCCAUAAACGAAACGCAGGCAAAGGAGAAUGAAAAAGAUAAUAAGAAGAAGUGGAAGUUGCGCUCGCAUAUGAAACCCGCGGUUUGGCUGGAUGGUGGAGUACAUGCACGGGAAUGGAUCGCGCCGGCCGUGGCCACCUGGAUGAUACACGCACUCGUUGAAGGCGAAAAGGGAUUAGGUUCGGAGUACGAGGUGCUCAAGCAGGCUGACUUCUACAUCCUGCCUGUACUCAAUCCGGACGGGUACGAGCACUCGCACACGCACGACCGCCUCUGGAUGAAAACCCGAUCGAGACUCAGCGAUCGCGCCGAUGAUUAUUAUGUUGGAUGGUUUCCAUGGAAUUGGGGUCGUACGGAAUGCGUGGGUGUGGACGCUGAUCGCAACUGGGACUACCACUGGGCGGAAGAGGAUGCCUCACGAGAUCCUUGUGCUGAUAAUUACGCAGGACCGCAUCCCUUCAGCGAGCCGGAGACUAGAGCUGUUUCCGAGUUUUUGGCCGAACACCGAGGACAGAUCAAGGUGUAUAUGUCGCUGCACGCGUAUUCACAAUCAUGGCUGAUCCCGAGUUCCCAUGCACACGCGCCAUUCUCCGACGACGGCGAGCUCAUGGAGAUGGGCAAGCUCGCCACCUCAGCACUCUCCGAUUUAUAUGGAACCAAAUACAAGGUGGGAACAGCACCAGAAAUCAGACAGCCCGCAUCAGGGAUGUCCCACGACUGGGCAAAGGCCCGUGCAGGUAUCAAAUUCUCCUAUCACAUCGACCUACGUGACUCUUUCGGACCCUACGGAUUUCUACUACCUGGAUCACAAAUCGUCUCUACCGCAAGAGAAACUUGGCAAGCAGUAAAGGCUAUUGUAGACAAUUUAAACCCCGGAUAACAUCUUCUACGGGACAUAGCGUGCCACACGCUAAAACUAAAUUGCUAAUGAUUUGUUGACACAGCGUAGGUCAGUCAGCAUUAAAAUGAUCUAAACGGUGAAACUAACCAAAAAUCACUUUGGACGGACGACGUGCCAAUAAUAUCUACACGUUCUUAGUGUGCUCAAAAUAUCUAGUACAAGUUUGACAAAAAUCGUGCACUUAAAUUAAAAAACGUACAAAAGCACCUUUAGAAGUAGUACGCGAGAAAUAAGCCAGUACGUACGUCAUAAUGAACAGUGAGUUCAAUUAGUAUAAUGAAAUUCGCACGCACCCUAAACGUACUGGCUAGAAACUGUAUUUGUUUCCUAAGAUUCCAAAAUACUGUUGAAAUGCGUUUCUUUUUUUUUAAUACUUAGAGAUACACAAAACAAAGAUGUACAAGGGCAUGUAUUUAUUUAUACAAAAUAUAUAGAAUAGUUUUGUGUGAUUCAUAAACUUAGUUUUAUAGUAUUUAUUUUAUUUGUGUACUUAGGUAAAUAGCUUAAAUAUAAUAUUUACUAGUGAUUUUGGGAUG